GGACUGCCAAGGGUCCAGAUACACCUUUCUCAGCAGUAGGAAAAACAACAAAAAUGUUACCUGGCUGGUGUAACUCAGUGGAUUGAGCUCGGGCCUGCAAACCGAAGGACCGCAGUUUGAUUCCAGUGACUGGCUAUGUCACUGUCCCACUUGUACCGGGACGGGGAAGGCCACAUGGAUGAUGACGAGGAUGAGAGGGAGAACUUUGAGAUCACUGACUGGGAUUUGCAGAAUGAGUUCAACCCCAACCGGCAGCGGCAUUGGCAGACCAAGGAAGAGGCCACCUAUGGAGUGUGGGCAGAGCGCGACUCGGAUGAAGAGCGGCCCAGCUUUGGAGGCAAACGGGCUCGUGACUACUCCGCGCCCGUCAACUUCAUCAGUGCCGGGCUCAAGAAAGGGGCGGCGGAGGAGGCGGAGCUGGAAGAUUCUGAGGAUGAAGAGAAACCCGUUAAGCAGGAUGAAUUUCCUAAGGAUUUCGGACCAAAGAAAUUAAAAACGGGUGGCAAUUUUAAACCCAGCCAGAAAGGUUUUGCAGGAGGAACCAAGUCAUUCAUGGAUUUUGGCAGCUGGGAAAGACACACAAAAGGAAUUGGACAGAAGCUUCUGCAGAAGAUGGGCUACGUCCCUGGGAGGGGCCUGGGGAAGAAUGCACAGGGCAUCAUUAACCCGAUCGAAGCCAAACAGAGAAAGGGGAAAGGCGCCGUGGGAGCCUACGGCUCGGAGCGGACCACCCAGUCCCUGCAGGACUUCCCCGUGGUUGACUCCGAAGAGGAAGCGGAAGAGGAGUUUCAGAAGGAGCUGAGCCAGUGGAGGAAAGACCCCAGCGGAAGCAAGAAGAAGCCCAAAUACUCUUACAGGACAGUGGAAGAGUUGAAGGCCAAGGGCAGGAUUAGCAAGAAGCUCUCCGCUCCACAGAAGGAGCUGUCUCAGGUCAAGGUCAUAGACAUGACCGGCCGGGAGCAGAAGGUCUAUUACAGCUACAGCCAGAUCAGCAACAAGCACAACAUCCCCGACGACGGGCUGCCACUGCAGUCACAGCAGCUGCCGCAGCCGGGCAAGGAGGCCAAGGCCCCAGGCUUUGCGCUGCCCGAGCUGGAGCACAACCUACAGCUGCUCAUCGACCUCACGGAGCAGGAGAUCAUCCAGAACGACCGGCAGCUGCAGUACGAGCGGGACAUGGUGGUCAACCUCUCCCACGAGCUGGAGAAGAUGUCGGAGGUGCUGGACCACGAGGAGCGGGUCAUCGCCAACCUCAGCAGAGUCCUGGAGAUGGUGGAGGAGUGCGAGCGGCGCAUGCAGCCCGGCUGCAGCCACCCUCUCACGCUGGAUGAGUGCGCCCGCGUCUUUGAGACGCUGCAGGACAAGUACUACGAGGAGUACCGCAUGUCCGACCGCGUGGACCUCGCCGUGGCCAUCGUCUACCCGCUCAUGAAGGAGUACUUCAAGGAGUGGGAUCCCCUCAAAGACUGCACCUACGGCACCGAGAUCAUCUCCAAGUGGAAGAGCCUCCUGGAGAAUGACCAGCUCCUGUCCCACGGCGGGCAGGACCUCUCGGCCGAUGCCUUUCACAGGCUGAUAUGGGAAGUCUGGAUGCCCUUUGUUCGAAAUAUCGUCGCCCAGUGGCAGCCACGGAACUGUGAGCCGAUGGUGGACUUCCUGGAUAGCUGGGCGCACAUCGUCCCCGUGUGGAUCCUGGACAACAUACUGGACCAGCUCAUCUUCCCCAAGCUGCAGAAGGAGGUGGAAAGCUGGAACCCGCUGACGGACACCGUCCCCAUCCACUCGUGGAUCCACCCGUGGCUCCCCCUCAUGCAGGCGCGCCUGGAGCCGCUGUACUCCCCCAUCCGUAGCAAGCUGUCCAGCGCCCUGCAGAAGUGGCACCCCAGCGACUCCUCUGCCAAGCUCAUCCUCCAGCCCUGGAAAGACGUCUUCACCCCCGGCUCCUGGGAAGCCUUCAUGGUCAAGAACAUAGUGCCCAAGCUGGGGAUGUGUCUCGGAGAGCUAGUCAUUAACCCCCACCAGCAGCACAUGGAUGCUUUUUACUGGGUCAUCGACUGGGAAGGGAUGAUCUCCGUCUCCAGCCUGGUGGGGCUUCUUGAAAAGCACUUCUUCCCCAAGUGGCUUCAGGUGCUGUGCUCCUGGCUCAGUAACAGCCCAAAUUAUGAGGAGAUCACCAAGUGGUACCUGGGCUGGAAGUCCAUGUUCUCAGACCAAGUGCUGGCACACCCGUCCAUCAAGGACAAGUUCAACGAAGCCCUGGACAUCAUGAACAGGGCAGUGUCCUCCAAUGUCGGCGCCUACAUGCAGCCUGGAGCACGGGAGAACAUCGCCUACCUCACUCACACGGAGCGGAGGAAGGACUUCCAGUAUGAGGCCAUGCAGGAGCGACGGGAGGCCGAGAACAUGGCCCAGAGGGGCAUCGGCGUGGCCGCCAGCUCCGUGCCCAUGAACUUUAAGGAUCUCAUUGAGACCAAGGCCGAGGAGCACAACAUCGUGUUCAUGCCUGUCAUCGGGAAGCGACAUGAAGGGAAGCAGCUGUACACCUUCGGCCGCAUCGUCAUCUACAUCGACCGGGGUGUGGUGUUUGUCCAGGGCGAGAAGACAUGGGUGCCCACCUCGCUGCAGAGCCUGAUCGACAUGGCCAAGUAGGCUGCGGCAGGACCCCCGCGCCCCAGAGGGGCUCGUCUGUGAAUAAACAGUACUUUACACCACCUUGGAAAGAGGGCUUCUCUACUCACUGGUGCCCCCAUCAGGCCAGGUCGCUGAGGAGGGCUGUGAAACACGGUGACGCCGUCUUACCAAGUCCCUCUGCAGUGUGCCGUGCUCUGCACACAGCAGCCCAGUGGAGGGGCUUUCUGUUCCCUCCCAAAGUGGCUCACAGCAGAGAGGGUCCUCUGCAGCCCCACCAUGGCGCCCUCCCUUUUAUUUUCUGGCAGCAGCUGCUUCUGCCUCAGCCGACACUGAGUACGUUACAGCAAGUUCGAGUCAGUGGCAGGAGGAUCUUGUGUGGUGUUCCUGAUGAUUUCAAGGUCUUCACAGCCCUGAUAAUCUGGCUCUUCCUGAAACGCCCAGGUGUCCAUGGAGAGCUGGGUGAGCUUUUGGACGGGGAACCAGUGGACAGAGGUGUCGUUAAAUGUGUCUGUGUACCGCGGAGUCUGAGGGAACGCGUGCUCCUCCAGUCCCUCUAGGAUCUGAGCACAGAAGACAGAGAGUAAGCUUGACCGUCACAGCAAACCCCGCUCUGCCUCAGUUCGCCCCCACCGGCGUCCGCCUGCAGGGUCUGGGCAACGCGGUUCCCAGCGACAGAGAAACGGGAGGACUCCGUCCCCUUUCCACCCCGGCCCCUUCACUCAGGGGUAUAUACCUUCGCAACAUAGGUGUAGUGUUCCCGAAGAAUCCUUGUCAACAACCUGGAGAUAAAAGAUUUUAAAGCACGA